GAUGGAACGAGGGGACGGGGGGGAGAUGCGGCGGAGCCUCGCUGUGAGCUGUGGGGGGAUGAAAAGUCAAAAUGCGCUCAGAGCAGACAGGGCGGCGGACAGAGCAGACACCGGCCGGUCUGGGGGCAUACACACGGAGGCAGAGCUGCGGGGAGGACGGCUCUUCUAGCUCUCGGCCGCACCGAGGCUUUUGCUGAAAAGUUUGGGCAGCUGCGGAGUCCCUGAAGGCACCAUGGUCGUGUCGGUGCGGAGCUGGGUCGCCAACGAAGGAGGGAAGCACUUGGUCCUGAUGCUGUGGCUGGGAGCAAACACCUGGCUGUUCAUGAACACCUUCCUGCUGUACUCCACCGGCCAGCAGUACCACUACCUCUACAAGAUGCUCGGGCUAGGGUUGUGCAUCAGCAGGGCGUCUGCAUCUGUGCUGAACCUGAACUGCAGCUUGGUGCUGUUGCCCAUGUGUCGCUCCCUACUCACCUUUGUACGAGGAACUCACGCGGUAUCAACCAGAAAGACACGCAGACUGCUGGACAAGAGCAAGACCUUUCAUGUGGCAUGUGGCGUUGCCAUCUGUGUCUUCUCCGUUGUGCACGUUUCAGCCCACCUGGUGAAUGUCGUCAACUUCAGUGCGAGCUACUCGGAUGACUUUCCUGCUCUCAAUUUGGCUCGUUACAGAGGAGAGGACCCCAAGAUGAUCAUUUUCACCACAAUCCCAGGAAUCACCGGUGUGCUGCUGGUUCUCAUCCUCUUCCUGAUGUUCACCUCCUCCUCCUACUGCGUACGGGUAUCUAACUAUGAGAUCUUCUGGUACACACACAACCUCUUCAUCAUUUUCUACAUCAUCCUGAUGGUGCACAUGGUCGGUGGCGCUCUGAAGUAUCAGACCAACAUUGAAGCCCACCCGCCCGGCUGUCUCCGAACCAAUCAGAGCAGCACAGAGCAGCAGGGCGAAGAGCUGGAGCAAAGUGAAGAUGAGGAGGGCAGAUGCAGAGAGGAUGCUUACUUCCAGCCGCAUUACCCCCAGACGUGGCUUUGGGUGUCCGGUCCUCUCUGUCUCUACUGUGUGGAGCGCUUCUACCGCUACAUCCGGAGCAGUGACCCCGUUACCAUAGUGACCGUCGUCAGGCAUCCUUGUGACGUCAUCGAGUUGCGAAUGCUAAAGAAGAACUUCAGCGCUCGACCCGGACAGUAUAUUGUUCUUAACUGUCCAGGUGUCUCUUCAUUUGAGAACCAUCCCUUCACGCUAACAACGUGUCCCACAGAGAACAAGGAAACCUUUGGCAUCCAUCUGCGAGUCGUGGGAGACUGGACUGAACGGUUCACACAGCUGUUACUUCCUCCUCCAAGGAUAGACUUGGAGAUCCUUCCCAUGGUCCAACAGAGGAGAUACCCCAAGCUUUACGUUGAUGGUCCUUUUGGAAGUCCAUCAGAGGAAGUAUUCAACUACGACGUCAGUCUUUGUGUCGCUGGCGGAAUAGGAGUCACACCAUUCGCCUGUGUGCUGCACGCUCUGCUUGACGGCUGGACGGGUUUCAGGUUGCAGAGGUUGUACUUUGUGUGGGUCUGCAGGGAGCUCCAGUCCUUCUACUGGUUUGCAGAGCUGCUGUGUGCUCUGCAUCACAAGCUUUGGCAGGAGAACAGACCAGACUACUUUAACCUGAAACUGUACGUCAGUCAGACAGAUGGCCUCCUGAGCAUGUCUGAGGAGAAGUACCGGCCACUCUCAUCGAGGCUGCUGGUUGGUCGACCCAAGUGGAAGUUGCUUUUGGAUGAGAUUGGAAAGAGCAAUAAACAUAAGCGAGUCGGGGUUUUCUGUUGUGGACCAAAGGGCAUCUCCAGGACUCUGCACAGACUGUGUAACUCAGCACGAUCCUCUGGAACCACAUUCGAAUUCAACAAGGAGUCGUUCUGCUGAUGGAAAACAUCAGAUGUGGUUCCACACUUCAAGGGCAACCUCAGUGAAAAACAGCUACUUUGGGAUGGAUGGAUGGAUGGAUUUUCAUUCAUUUUGGGACAAAAGUUCUGUAGUUGAUGUAUUAUUUCUGAAUAUCUGUGACUGAUUGUGGUUACUUGAAAUUGUGUACACAUCUAUGAAUCAGUGAGAUGGCAUUUAACUCAAAUACUUGGACUAUAUUUAUAUUUUAUGUGUAUCCCAGUCCGUGGUCUUGAAAGGCUCAGCAGGGCAAACCUCGACAUGCUGCAUGAGGCCCGUUGCUCCCCACAGAUCAGCCUGACCUCCAUCGGCUGCAGCAUCUGAUCCAAUCAUCAUGUGAGAAAAAACGAAGAAACCACCUCCCUGCUUGGAGUCUCCGCUCACGAUGCUCGGUUUUUCUCAAGUCGCUGUUUCAUCUUUUCCCUGAUGCACCCCCUCUGUGGAGUAAAUUUGUUUUCUCAUGCUGGAGUCUGAUGUGCGAAUAAGGUCUGACUCAGACUCGACCACAAAUACAACAAGAGGAUAUUACACCGGAGAGAAUGGAUCUUUCAGUAGACCAGUGCUGAACCGCCACUCUGGGAUAAGACAAAAACCUUCAUACGAACAUUUAGGAGAUAAGCAGAGCCACACGGGCAAAUCAACGGCGAUAACCAAGGGCCAGUUGAGUGUCAGGCAAACUUCCUUUAACCUUUACUUGACUCCAGACGGGCUCACAACCAACCCUCCCAACCAAAUAUGUUAAGUUACAAACCCUUACAGUUGCACUCCAGGAUUCACUUUUGUUUGAUAAAGCCAAAAUAAAUGGAUAUAUUCUGCUGUACAGGGCAUAUAAAUUGAAUGGUUUGGCGUUUUUACGGUGAUAAAAUGUUUGUAUCCAAAAACUACAACUCCCGUACUUUAAGUCUUUGCCAUACUAUAGGAAUACAACCCCACUGGAGCUGUUUGUAUUUAGAAUAAAAUCUCAAUUCCUUUAUUUUACUGCCACUGAAGAGCAAUAUAGAUCCUUUAAUCUGAGAGUGUGCACAGAAAGUUCAUGAAUGUCUUUCAGGUUUUUAAAAGACUGAGAAGAAAACUAGAAACUAGCCGAGAAAAGUGGGCUAAGACUUCAGCUCUCUGCAGAUUGGUUGUUGUUGGGUCUAUGUGUACCACUCGUCGUUUGGCAAAGCUGGGAGACAGAACUGAAUAUUUGAUUGGUCUAUGAGACCUAUCAGAACUGGAGGCAGUUUUCUCUCAAAAGAGAAAAUGAAUGAAACAAAUAAGGACAUAUAAUGGACACUUGAUGCAGUUUUUCUUUUCAUUUUGUUGUUUAAUUCUGUUCAGUGUUCAUAUUUGUGUAACAAAUCCUAUACAAAGAAAACCUACACUACACCUCAAACCAGUAUUUUUUAGUUACAGGUAGUUGUUUUUUCAAUUUAUUUAUGAUUUUUAAAGCUAUUAUGCAGUAUGUCAUAAUGUCAAACUUUUAUAUGGGCUUUGGCAAUUUGUCCACAAAUAUUUUCACAUAUUGUUGCAGUGUAAAGUUCCUGAUAAAAAAGUAAUGAGGAUGCUGGUGCAAUUCUAAAUUAAUACCUAAAUUAGUAACUUUGAUGCUUACAAAACUGGAAACACCAGGAAAAGGAUAGACAUCUUUAUAUUUGUGAUUUUGCAACUGAAGCAACCAUAUUCUCGUAAACUGCAAUUGUAAUUUGAAGUUUAUAAAAUACAUAUACAUUUAAUUGUAUGCCUAUUUUCAGGAUCGUCUUCUUAUUUAAGAACAAGGCAAAAUCUAGAAUAAAGAGAUUUUCUAUUUAUUAUAUCUUGAA